AUGGACCCUGUGGAACAGUCAAAGUCGCUCAAUGAUCAGAAGAAAUAUCGACUCGUAACACUUUCAAAUUCAUUGCAAGUACUGCUUAUAUCUACUGCUGAACUGUCCCAUGUAAUGGCUGCCAUCGCCCGUAAAAAUGAAAGCGAGAGUCAAUCGAGUCAACAGGAUGAAGAUGAUGAUGAUCAGAGCUUGAGGAGCGGCAGUGAUAGCGACUGCAGCGAGGAUGAAGACGACGAGGGCGGUCGUUUUGAUGAUGAUGAUAGAGAGACACAGGAAGGUGAACUUCGACGCCGUGCUGGUGCAUGUCUUACUGUGGGUGUUGGUAGCUUUGCUGAGCCCGUGGCAGUACCUGGUCUAGCACAUUUUCUAGAGCACAUGCUCUUUAUGGGCAGUCAAAAGUAUCCCGAUGAGAAUGAAUUUGAGUCAUUCCUGAGUGCCCAUGGGGGCUACAGCAAUGGUGCAACAGAUAAUGAAGUGACAAGCUAUACUUUUGAAGUAGGACCGGCUCAUCUCGAGCCAGCACUGAAUAUGUUUGCCCACUUUUUUAUUUCUCCCUUGCUUAAGGCAGAAGCAAUGGAAAGAGAAUUGUCUGCUAUUGAGUCCGAGUUUAGCCAGGCAAUGCAAAAUGAUAGGAUUCGUACGCAGCAAGUUUUGUGCGACGUAUCACCUGCAAAUCACCCGUAUCAUCGCUUUAGUUGGGGAAAUAAAAAGAGUCUACAUGAACUGCCGGAGAAGACGGGGAUUGAUGUGCACAAACACAUCGUGGAGUUUUACGACAAGUACUACUCAGCUAACAUCAUGAAGCUCGUUGUGUGUGGUGAAAACACGCUGGACGAGUUGGAGAAGUGGGUGACCGAAUCUUUCAGUGCGAUUCCAAAUAAGCACGUGACGGUGCCAUCUUUUGUGUCAAACGGCCCACCAUUUGGAGCUAAAGGUGCUGGCACAUCCUUCCUAUGCAAAAUUGUGCCCGUCCGGGAUAUUCACACACUUCAUCUCGAUUGGAUGAUCCCACCUAUUCUCGGUCAACAUCACCAAAAGCCUGCAGAUUACAUUGCUUGCCUUCUGGGUCAUGAAAGCGAAGGAUCCGUGCUUUCUUACCUAAAGGAGAGAGGUUGGAUUUCUGCAGUUACGGCAGGUGUAACGGACACCGAUGGCUACGAAUGUGGUACAUACAGUGCGAAGUUUGACAUUACUAUGAAGCUUACGCUGGAGGGCAUUUCCCAUUGGGAAGACAUUGUGCUCGCUGUUUUUGAGUAUCUGCACAUGCUAAAGGUAGAAGGCUGUCCGAAGUGGGUGUUCGACGAGUUGGCAGCGCUGGCCGACAUUUCAUUUCGCUUCCAGGAAGAGGAUAGCGCUGUUGAACGAUGCGAAGAACUGGGUGAAAUCAUGCAGUCAAUGUUUAAUGUUGCACCGGAAGACAUCUUGCGCUAUAACCUAUUCAAGGGUGUCUUCAAGACAGAACUUGUCGAAGAAGUGCUAGCUCACUUGACUCCUGAAACCGUUUGUCUGUCAAUCGUUUCAAAGACAUUUGAAGAGUACUCAGACUUUCAAGCAAGGGCAGUCAAGGAGGAGUGGUUUGGCGUCAAGUAUUCCAGAAAUGAUAUCACGGACACCAGUGUCCAGCGCUGGAAAAGUGCAGGAGUUAAUUCCAAGUUGCACUUGCCUCGACCAAACCCGUUUAUUCCGCGAGAUUUCUCGCUUGUGGACACCACAGGAGUCAAAACCCUCGUGUGUGAGAAGACUACAUUUGGGAAGUUGUGGUACAAGCCGGAUCGUGUGUUUGCUACGCCCCGCGCCCAUGUUGCGCUUUCGCUGCACUUGCCAAGUGUGGUUGCCAAUGUGGACAAUCGGGCUCACAGCCAAUUGUGCGUGAAGCUCGUUCGGGAUGCACUUAAUGAGUAUGCGUACCACGCAAAUGUAGCUGAGCUCACAUAUUCGCUGCAAGUAAAAGAGUUUGGACUAGAAUUGGUCUUUGGCGGCUUCAACGACAAGUUGGGCAUUCUUGUUGAAGUGGUGGUUGCGGCUGUGUGUGGAACCAAAAUCAGUGAAGCGCGUUUUGAAGUGAUGCGCGAGGAGUUGAUGCGCGAAUCGAAAAAUGCGAUCAUGAAGGUUGCACAGAAAGCAAAGUAUCUCCGAAUGCAACUUCUGGAAAAGCGGUCAUUCCCUAUAGAGGAAAUGCUAGAGUCGAUCAAGGCUGCCACCGCGGGAUCUCUCACAAAAUUUAUCUCUAGCCAAUUAUGGUCGGGUAAAACAUGGCUAGCCAGCUUUGUGCAUGGAAAUAUAUCCCAUACCGUCGCUUCAGAAAUGAUCGCCAACGUCGAAGCCCAGCUGCAGCAUGUGUCAGCACCGCUAUUGCUGCGCGAUUUCCCUCGACGUUUCAUCAAUAUUAUUCCAGAGACGCCUAUGGGCUUUUUACUGAAGAAGCGUAGCGAGAACAAGUCCGAGACGAACACACAGGUGGAACUGUACUAUCAGAUUGGUCCACUAACGUUGCGUACUCUGGCUUAUGCAGACUUACUGCAUCAGUUGAUGGAAGAACCACUUUUUGACACCUUGCGCACCAAGCAAGAACUAGGUUACGAUGUUUCAUGUACCGUUCGUGUGACAAACGGCAUUUUGGGUUUCGGUGUGAUGGUUCAGUCAUCGCUGUUUGCGGCCGAGUAUAUUUCCUCGUGCGUUGACCGCUUCAUGGUUGACUUUGAAGAGGCAAUCAAAAUGAUGGCAGACGAGCACUUUCAUGACCACAUUCAAGCGCAGAUUCUAUUGAAACUCGAGCCCGAUCAUAACCUUUUGGAGACGACACAUCGUUACUGGUAUGAAAUUACGUCACAUCGUUUUGCCUUUGACAUGGAUGCUCAGCUUGCGAAGGAGAUGGAGACGCUAAGCAAGAGCGAAAUGGUGCAGCUCUACCGCGAGUGGAUUCUACAAACUCCCAAGAAGUUAUGUGUGCACGUGAUUGGUCGUGGCAACCCAGCUGAAAAGCUAGCGUGCCAAAAACGCAACGAUGUCAUCAAGACUGAGCUAACGGAACAGCAUGGUCUACCCCAUCCUAUUCGAAUUCGUGACUUGUACUUGUUCAAGACUGAGUUACAUUCAUACCCUGAUCCAGUUGAUAAGAUUAAUGAACAGGAGUCAGAAGAGGAGGAGAAGCGUUUAGAACUAUAG